AUGGAAAGAAGUAAAAAUAAAUUUCCUGUUUUUGAUGAAAAAUACAUACAUAGAGAUGUUGAAAAGAAUAUAGGGAAAAAUAAUUUUCCAAUGUAUAUUUAUAUUAUGUUAAUUUGUCUAAUAUUUUCUAUACUGCAAGAUGAUGGUAAUUAUGAUGAUAUUAUGAAAGACCCCAUAAUUUUCACUCACAUGAAAAAAUCGAGAAUAUUAUCUGAAUAUCAAUGUAUAGAAAAUUAUAAUUUUGAAGAAAAGGAUGAGAACUUUUCCAAUGAUGAUAUUUUUAAAAAUGACGAAAAAUCUGAAUAUAAUUAUUCAGGAAAUGUAGUUGAAGAUUUUAAUUUUUAUAUGGAUAAAAUGAAUGAAACAGAUGAUAAAUGGAUUAUUGAAAAGAAAAACAUAAAAAAUGAUAUAUGUAUUAAGAAUGACCCUUAUAAUAAAUUAAUAUUUGGAGAUACAUCCCCCGAUUUAUCAGAGUCUGAAUUUAAUGAAUUUAUAAAUAAUUUAGAUGAUUAUGUUAAUAAAAAUGAAAUGUAUAUUAUUUGGAAUUAUGUUAAUUCUAAAGAAAAAUUUAAAUAUUUAAAUAUGCAACAAAAUAUAAAAAGUUAUUGUGAAAAUUUAGCUUAUAAUUAUGAUAUUCCAAAAGAUAUUGAAAGAAAUGAAUGGUUAAAAGCUUACUAUUAUAUGACAGAUAUUUUGUUAAUUAAUGAAAAUAAAUUUCAUAAUUAUUUUUAUCAUUUAAUUUCUUAUGGAAAAUGUGAUAAAAACUUCUUUCUAGAAGUUAUCGAUAUCCAUAUAAAUUCUUGGAGAAAUAUUAGAAGAUCCAUGAAUAAUUUAUGGACCAAAAAAUUGAAUGACACAUUUAAGAACCACCCAUAUGUUACAAAAAAAUAG